GACGCUAUUUUCUCUGGUUGAAGUGACUGUUUUCGAGUUAUGUAGGAGUCGUUUUAGUCGAAGGGUUAGGUUUGCCAGGAAUUUGCAGCCUUGGUCUUUCGGGACUUUCUGUAUUCGUCUUAUGAAGAAAUACAGUAGCUGCCGGGAUGCUGGCCCGACUUAGUUUAACGAUGAGGCAGGAUUUUCUCUUGUUCUGAGCUCCCACAUUGUCUUUUCCACGCUACUUUAUGUUGCUUUUGAUGCAGCUAGCUUGGGUAAUAUCUAUAUGCAGCUUUGUUCGACUUGAUUAGGUUUGGCUUGUACGUAUAAUCUAUUGUGUAUCUAGUGAAGAAACGUAUUCCUUUCUGCAAUUGUAUAUAUUUUUAUUGCGUAUCCCUUCUUUUAUAUGAGUGAAGAUGCCCAUGUUUCACUUGAGAAGACGUUGUUCUUGCCUUAUCGCACCUCUCGCGCAUCAGGGUCGGAUUUUUCAUGUCUGAAUUAUCCCAGUCAUAUAACAGUAAUUGUGUAAGUUUGAAAGCUCUGAGUGAUGUAGAUCGCGAAACUCGGGUGAACGUCCUGAAGGAGAAGCUACAAUCACUAGCUGGAAAUCCAUCUGGCUUUUUGGAAAAACUUCCUCCGAAGCCGAAGAGACGCGUGAUAGUUCUCGAAGGGCUGCAGGCUGAACACGAUGAGCUCGAAGCAAAGUUCAAGAAGGAGAGAGCCGCUCUUGAAGCCAAAUGCCAGAAAUUGUAUGAGGAGAGAUCGAAAAUCGUAAAUGGCGACGUGGAGGUUGAGGUUUCGAAGAGUGCAGUUCCCGAUGCUGAAGAGCCCAUGGAAGAGGACGAGAAGGCUAUUGAAUGGAACGUCGGCAAGAACUUGACUGAGAAGGUGAUGAAGAAGAAAGCGAAGAAAGGGGCUAAGAACACGAAGCCCGUUGCAAAGACUGAACAGUGUGAAAGUUUUUUCAACUUCUUCAGUCCACCCCGACUGCUGCCGGAGGAUGAUGUCAUUGAUCAAGAGGCGGGGCAACUUCAAGACUCGGUCUUGAAUGACUACGACAUUGGGGGCGUAAAUCUUAUAUAUUGGGAUGUCUACCUGUAUUCUGAAACAGGAUUUUAGAAAUUUAUGUUUUCAAGUUGUUGGCGCAUAUUGGAUUGAUUUAAGCCCAACUUAAGAGUGUUGGAAAUACAUUUUCUUGAAUGCUUUUAGUCGGUAAGAACUCCGUCGCAUAUCUUUCUCUUUCACCAUACUCCACUUAGUGUUCCAUGUUGUGGACUCGAUCUUGACAUGUGAAGAGUGCUGCCUUGCUGUAGAUCAACAAUUAAAGAAAAGAUUAUACCUAAUGUUGUUUCCUGGUUUACCGGAGAGGCUUUGGAUGGAGAGGAUUAUGAGGAUAAUGACGAUGAUGAAGAAGGUGAUGAUGAAGAUGAGGAUGAAGACGAAGAUGACGAUGAGGAGGACGACGAUGAGGAACGUUUAGUUCCUUAGGCGAAGGGUAAUGCACGUAAGACGUCUGGUAGCCAGCAACAAAGUGGUGAACAGCCACCAGAAUGCCAACAACAAUAAGUCGAUGUAGGAACAGAUCAUUUUCUUUUGAAGCUGCAUUAGCGGAUGAAGUUGAGGUAGAAUUUGAAGGGAGUAGCCUCCAGUAUGAACCUUCAAUUGCUGAGGCACUUGCGAUCACUGGUCAGUUUGAGGAUAGUGGUUCAUCUUUGAUAGUGGUUAGCACACGUUAUUUGUUUGCAAGCAUUGAAAGCACAUGGUAUGUGGCAGUUCAGUUGAAGGUUUUUAGCGAUUGUGGCAAAUGUCAGGUAAAGGAAUGCAUGACAUGCAUGACACCUUCCUCUUCAAAUAUCCAAGGAUGCAGAAGAACUUUUCACUGAUA